GCGUAAACGUCAAUGUCGGCGAGGUUUCCGGAAGCUGUGACAGGAGCUGCUCUGGAGGGGAAGAUACUGAACCCCGGAGGCUGGGGGUUGCGCGCUUGACCGGGCCGCCCCCACCGGACCCGGGUAUCGCCCGGGUCCCGGUUCCGAUCCCAAGAGUCGCAAACAGGCCAUCCCGGCCGGCGGGCCGCAGGUCGGGAUGCAGGCACUAGAACAAGAAGGCUGUGGGCAGGAGGGGACAUCCACUGCUGUGCCUGAGGCCCAACCCGACCCUCCACCUGCCCCGCCUAAGCCUCCAGUGCUUGACCUCUUCAACUUGGUCCUGUUUUACAAGAAGCUUGUUCUCUACUUGGAGCCCCUCAAGGAUGCAGGCGAUGGGAUCCUCUAUUUGCUGAGGUGGCAGGCACCAGUGUGUUCCUUGCUGACCUGCCUGGGCCUCAAUUUCCUCUUCCUCACUCUGAAUGAGGGUGCCUGGUACUCAGUGGGUGCCCUGCUGAUUUCUGUUCCUGCCUUGCUGGGCUACCUGCAGGAGGUGUGCCGGGUCCGCCUCCCUGAGCCGGAGCUGAUGCGGAGGAAGUAUCACAGCGUGAGGCAGGAUGAUCUGCGGAAGGUCCGGCUGUCACGGCCUGAGGCUGUGGCAGAGGUGAAGAGCUUCUUGAUCCAGUUGGAGAGCUUCAUGAAUCAAUUGUGCUGUAGGUGUGAGUCGGUCUAUCGUGUGCUAUACUGGGAGAACCCAGCAGUGUCCUCACAAUUCUAUGGGGCUCUGUUGGGCUCCGUCUUCGUGCUCUAUGUGUUACCCCUGUGCUGGGUCCUCGCUCUUCUCAACAGCACUCUCUUUCUGGGAAAUGUGGAAUUCUACCGAGUAGUGGCAGAAUGCCGGGCUACCCUGCAGCAGCGGAUGAACCCUAAGCUUCCAGCGAUCACUGAGGAAUGCCUGGAAUCAGAUGGUGGGGGAAGAGGAGCAUUGCUGGACUGCAGUUCAACCCCUACUCCCACCGAGGACCUCACACCAGGCAGUGUGGAGGAGGCAGAAGAGGCUGAGCCAGAUGAAGAAUUUAAAGAUGCUAUUGAGGAGACCCACCUGGUGGUGCUGGAGGAUGAUGAGGGAUCUCCCUGCAAUGUGGAAUAUGAUCUGGCCCCACACGACAAUGGUUUUAUGAGCAAGAAUGAAGUGAUUCGAAGCAAGGUGUCUCGACUCACUGAGAAGCUCCGAAAACGUUAUCCCACCAACAAUUUCGGAAACUGUACAAGCUGCUCUGCUACCUUCUCAGUGCUGAAGAAGAGGCGCAGCUGUAGUAACUGUGGAAACAGCUUUUGCUCCCGGUGCUGCUCCUUCAAGGUCCCCAAGUCCUCUAUGGGAGCCACAGCCCCUGAAGCACAGAGAGAGACUGUAUUUGUGUGUGGCUCAUGUAACCAGACCCUCAGCAAGUGAGAAGAGCGUCCUGGAGGGGGGCCCUUGUGAGCCCCGCCUGCUCACCCUCCUCUCCUGAGCCUGCUCCUGAGGCGAGCAAUUAGAGUUUCCCCAGAUCCCUCAUGCCAGUGUGUGGAGGUAGCUGGGCAGAGCUGGGUGUGAACAUUGGAUAGGUGCCUCCCCUUCCUUUCUCUACCUGCGACAUACCUGCCCUGGGGUCACUGAUGACAUUUCCAGCUUCCCUUUGUAUUCCUCUGGAAGAUUGGAAUGAUAGCUCCCCUCAGAUCUCUGUGCCGGGUAACCCCUGGAUUGCUAGACAGUGGACUAUAGGGGAAGCAGGAUUGAAUGGGGGAUUAGAGUGGGCAGAAUUAGAGUGAAGCCAAAUCUUGGCCUGAUUACUUGUAAGUCGGGCUUAACCUUUACCCUAUGGCCUUCGUGAUACUGGGAGUUGUAGAAGUAACUGGAUCCCCAAAGCCAGAGAGGCACCUUUGUUGCACAUCAGCCUGUAGGGACAGAAACACCUGAGUACCUUGUCCCAGGUGGCCUUCCAGGAGAGCGUGGCUAGAGGUGGUUGGGUGGCAGCCAUAACCCCCUGUCCAUGGCAUUUCAGUGCCCCUACGAGGGCUGCAGUUACAGGCUGUCACCACAUGACCUUUGGAACUGUAGCUGUCAAGGGGGCAGAAUGAUGAAAGACCAGCUAGAAGCCAGCCAGUUAACUGUGUGUGAGCUGGAUGUAAAGGCAUUGAUGAAGCCUUUUAUCACUGCAGCCCGUUCUCACAAUCACUCCCUUGGAAAGUAAGAUGGUGAAGGAAACUUCUGAAUCCUGCUUUGUCAUUCUCUGAUUCUCAGCUAUGGAGAGGCAGCUUGGGAAACUGGCUGGCUUCCUACCAUGUGUUUUUAUGCCUCAAUAGUAGUUGUUCCUGCUGCCUUCAAGCCGACUGGAUCCCUUCUCCACGUUGUCAAGACUCCUCUGCUAUAUUAUAGAUAAGCUCAGAGAUGUAGUGGUGAAGCCAGGAUAUUCCUUUGACUCUCUGUGGCCUGCUCAGUCAAGGGAUUGUUUGAUACUGACCACACCCUUUUGUUAGUUUGAGGCAGGUGUCUAGUUUCUUGAGGACCAAGUGGGCACUUCCCAGGAUGGGAGCCUGGUCAGGUUUUUUUUCCUACACUGGCACUUCCCUCCCUAUCUUGGAAAUAUUUAUUUAUUUAUUAUAUGGUUCUUGGGAGCAGGGGGUGUUGGGAGUAGAUUAGAGAGGAACCUGGGACUACCCUUACCCUGAGACUAUUCCUGGAACGAUGAGGUUCCUUGAGACAUAGGACCUAGGAGACUGAGAUAUUUCAGGACUUCGUACUUUCCCUACCCCAUCCUCUGCCCCUCCCUUCUUUAGUUGGAGGCUCCCCUAGGGUCCCCAGGGGUCAACCAGAUCUUUGUGCCUCCUCUUUCUGCCACCUCUUCCAUUCUAUCCGCUUCGAAGUGAGAGCUUGGAUAUACUGUGCUUCCCACUGGAGGUGUGCUAAAGGAAUCUCUGUGUACACGGAGACAAUAAAACAACAUCAGGCUGUUUGUGUUA